AUGGCUCCUGAGGAAGUCCGUUCGCGAGUGAGUGUCGUUCAUGGCGACGCUACGGAUGUCGAAGGCCUCAAGGCGGCGAUCCGCGAGCACAAUUGCGACGCUAUGGUUGACACGGCAGGAAAUCAGGUGUGGCCAUGGAAAGAACAUCAGCUCCAGAAGAUCGCAAGAGCUGCGUCGCGAGCUGCAGUGGAGAUAGGUAGGGAGCGUGGGACUCCAAUGCGAGCACUAUUUCUCUGUGGGAUAGGUGAACUGGACUAUCCAGUUCUUGGGAACAAAAGCCGUGGGGAACGACCAGCAGCCACAAUCGCCAGCUAUCUACCCAAAUUGGCCACCCAACAACAUCUUGAGACUCGAAGCGUCGUAACUGCCAUCCCCCUUUCUGAACUGCGCUGGACUCUUGUCUGCAUCGCCAUCAUGCGGCCAUUACGCGAAGGGAUCGAGCUACUCUCCCAACCAGACCACCACAGCUUACUCACCUCUGCCGAUACCCCGCCCGCGUGGCCGCAUAGAUGGGUGGGCAAAAUACCUUGGGUUGGUCCGACCUUGGAGAUCGUUCUCAACAUGGCUGGCUAUACGACCAAGCUGGAGCACAUUGCCGAUUUUAUUUCAGAAGACCUAGAAAACGAUAGCCAGGAUUGGGUUGGAAAGCUAGUGGGGUUCAGGGAGCAGGAGAAGAGCCAGUAG